AUGAGGACCUACGAAGACACCUUCUCUGGCCAGAAGAUCUACCCUGGCAAGGGUAAGCUCUUCGUGCGCGCCGACAGCAAGAUCUUCCGUUUCCAGAACGGCAAGUCAGAAUCACUUUUCCUCCAGCGCAAGAACCCUCGCCGUAUCGCCUGGACCGUACUGUGCCGGAGACAGCGAAGGAAGGGUAUCUCUGAGGAGCAAGCCAAGACCCGCCGCCGCAAGCAAGUCAAGUCCCAGCGUGCCGUCGUCGGUGCCUCUCUCGAUGUGAUCAAGGAGCGCCGCACUCAGCGACCUGAGGCCCGUUCAGCCGCCCGUGUCGCAGCCAUCAAGGAGGGCAAGGAGAAGCGUGCCGCUGCACAGAGCGCGAAAAAGGCCGAGAAGGCCAAGACUGCUGCCCACACCACCGGCCGUGUCGUCGGCAAGCAAGCCGCAAAGGGUGCCCAGGCCAAGCCCAAGCCCACUUCUCGUUGA